UAAAGGUGAGGCACGCUUCGCAGAUCGCCUCUCUCUCGCUCUCCCCGAAGAGUUCCUAUUUGUUCCUAGAUAGGGUUUUAGCUUUUUCGCUUCUUCCUCUCCUCUCUGUCUUUCGAAAUCGAAUUGGAUCCCCAAUAUGACCAACGACAACAAGGAUAACUUCACCAUGGCCGAUCUAUCUGCUGUAGCUCUCAACGAUGAGGAUCGUGCGGGUCUCGUUACUGCUCUUAAGGAUAAGCUGCAGACUCUCGCCGGACAGCACUCUGAUAUCCUGGAGAAUUUGACUCCGACUGUCAGAAAGCGUGUCGAGGUUCUCAGAGAGAUUCAGAGUCAACACGAUGAAUUGGAGGCAAAAUUUUUUGAGGAGAGAGCAGCUCUGGAAGCCAAAUAUCAAAAAUUGUAUAAACCACUGUAUGCAAAGCGCUAUGACAUUGUUAAUGGUGUCAUUGAAGUUGAAGGGACACCGGAUGAAGCCACAAUGGACCAAGAGGGGGAUAAAACCGCUGAAGAGAAAGGAGUGCCCGAUUUCUGGCUUACUGCAAUGAAGAACAAUGAGGUUUUAGCUGAGGAGAUUACAGAACGUGAUGAAGGGGCACUUAAGUAUCUUAAAGAUAUUAAAUGGUACAGGAUUGAGGAUCCCAAGGGAUUCAAGCUUGAGUUCAUCUUCGAGCCUAAUCCAUACUUCAAGAACACUAUCUUGACAAAGACAUAUCACAUGAUUGAUGAAGAUGAUCCUAUUUUGGAGAAAGCAAUUGGAACGGAGAUCGAAUGGUAUCCUGGAAAGUGCUUAACACAGAAGGUCCUGAAGAAGAAGCCAAAGAAGGGAACAAAGAAUGCCAAGCCCAUAACAAAAACUGAAGAGUGUGAAAGUUUUUUUAACUUUUUUAACCCACCUCAAGUUCCAGAGGAUGACGAAGACAUUGAUGAAGAUGCUGCUGAGGAUCUUCAGAAUCAGAUGGAACAAGAUUAUGAUGUUGGGUCUACUAUUCGUGACAAGGUUAUUCCCCAUGCUGUGUCAUGGUACACUGGUGAAGCUAUUCAAGGAGAUGAUCUUGGAUUAGAUGAUGAAGACGACGAUGAUGAUGAAGACAUUGAUGACGAUGAAGAAGAGGAAGAGGAAGAUGAAGAUGACGAGGAUGAUGACGACGAAGGGGAAGAUGGGAGCAAGACGAGAAAGAAGUCAUUGGCUGGACAAAAGAAGGGCGGAAGAGCUCUUGUUGGUGAUGGUGAGCAGCAGGGCGAACGACCUCCAGAAUGCAAGCAGCAGUAGAUCUGGACCAUUUGGUCGCCAAGAUGUGGUGUUUGGCCAGUAAUUGCCGUGGGUCGUUUGGAAGCAUUAGGGGAUUUUUGGGGGAGGGAUUUGCAGUUUUGGGUUUUUUUUUGGUGGUUGCUUUAUUUGUUUCCCGUUUAUAACUGAUACCGAGUGAUUGUUUUGGAGGUCCUUUCCCUUGGUUCCUAUUGAUAUGGGGAAUGAUAUUGCUCACAUAUAUAGUUUUUUUAGGUCUGUUGCUGUUUAUGGGGAUUUCCCCCAAAUUUCAAUUGCGACACUCGUCUGUUUGUGUUUUAUUUAAAUGCCCAUCAUUGUUGUCGCAACUAGUUUUAUUUUCCAUUUAUAACUUUUUUGUAUUGAAGGCUUCUGAUAGUUCAUGGUCA